AUGGGUAAGAGUCGAGGCGACCGAUACCGGUCGAACAAUGGUCAACUGCCUGGCCCCCCGGAUGCAGUCCCUCAGGAGUCUCAGUCACGGAUUGUAGGCGCAUAUGAAUCCUACAGGCCAGAUGGAGGCGCGUAUGAUUCCUACAGACCAGACAGAUUCGCGCAAAUUCGACAAGGUGACUACUUUGACUGCUAUAAUCAAUACAGAAUUGACAUUUACAACGCAGUGGAUUCGUGGAGAUCCUACAGAAACGACGACUCGACUUUACAGAGUGCCGGAUACUACCAGUCCGCCUACCAUGGCAGUGCUGGCAACCCUCAGCACCAAAUGUAUCCUCCCGCAACAGCGAGACUCGGUGUUGGCUCCUCUGCGGCUCAAGCCUCCCAAGUUCAACCGUCUUACUAUACUCCAUAUCAACCUCUAAGGUCAGUCCAUAACUACGCUCGAUAUCCUACAUAUCGAGUUGACAAGCCAUACAGAGUAUCGGAUGGUACUCGUGAGAGGUAUAUCGUCCAACAGGCUCAAAACAUAUUACCAAUAGCUCAGCCGCAUAAUACCCCUCGAUAUCAGCUCCGACAGAGACGGCCAGAGCAGAUUGCUCCGUAUAGCACUGCAGCUGCGGCCAAACGUGGACAGGUUGAGACUACCGCGAUUCCCGCAAUUUCUCGACGCGAUCGAUGGACUCCCGAAGUGAAGCCUCCUCCCGCCCCGAUAGCAACCGAAGAGUACAAGAGUCAAGCAGCGCUACCGCCAGCCCUGAGACAGACACCACAAAAGCUUCUAGUUAUUCUCGACCUCAACGGCACACUCCUUGUGAGACCUUCGCAUCAUCGUCCUAAGUACAUAAUUGUCAGACCUGGUGUCCGACAGUUGUUAGAUUACCUGUUCCAGAAUCAUGUCGUCAUGGUCUACUCGUCUGCGAAGCCCGAGAACUGUGCGGCCAUGGUAAAUCAGUUCUUCCAUCCAACCCAACGGAGUGCAAUGGCAGGUGUCUGGGCCAGAGAUAAACUGGGGUUGAACAAACUGCAGUACGACACCAAAGUCCAAGUGUACAAAAAGCUCGAGCCGAUUUGGGAAGACGAGACAAUCAGAAAGAAGGCGGGACCUGGCCAGAAAUGGGAUCAGAGUAAUACCGUCCUCGUUGACGAUAGCCAACUUAAAGCUCUAGGCCAACCCCAUAAUCUGUUGCAGAUCCCGGAGUUUUUCAACAAUGCGCCCAAAACAGGAGGUCAAGCCCUCUUGAACUGGCAGCGGGAGCAAGAACAGAUCGUAUAUUCUAUCCAGCAAAAGUUGGAAGAACUCAAAUGGCAGGUCGAUGUAUCCAGGACGAUUCGAGAAUGGCAGACAGGCAAGCGACAAGCACCGGGUGUGGUCGACGAGACAGUAGACCAAAAGGCUCUUCAAGGUACUCAGGACCGAGACCUAUCCCCUACACCGAGUAUCGGUUCGCCUGCGCCAAGUGUUGGUGAGCGUGAAGCUUCACUCUCGCUACAACUGCAAACGCCAGAGGCUUCCGUCCUGUCUGACGCGGAGGUCUCGAGUCUAUACGAGCCAGAUGGAGGUGUCAAGAUCGCAGCUGAGUCCACCGCUCUAGAUGCUCUAGAUGAACUAGAAAAAGAGAUCGACCGCAGUCUGAAUCUCAAUCAGAAACAGAAGAGCCAAGAUACAGACCCGACCGUCAGUUCGGCGACCGCUACCACUGGCGUCCAAGACCAAGAUCAACGACGAAGUGAGUCACCCAUCGACGAGAGUGUCUGGGCUGACAUUCUCAGAGGCCGUGGGGACGACGCCGGGCACGUCGACAAAAGUGUCCAAAAAACAACGCAAGCGAGAGAUCAAGGCAGCCGCGAGAAAAAGACGCCAGGCCAAAAAGCUAGCGCGGACCAAGAAGGCAAAAGCCAACAACGCCAACGCAGGAAGAGAGGCCGACGUGGAGCAAAAGAGUCGGAAUCCUUGAAAGAUGUCCCGCCAACUCCAGAGAGUAUGGACGCCUGA